CAGAGCUGAAACCAUUUGGCCGAUCGCUGCUGCAGCGUGCCUGCCGCGCCUCCAGAUGGCGUGCUGAUGGCCGAUCCAGGCCGUGCUGCCUGGGGCGACUGGCAAGACUCGAGUUGGCAAGACCCGAGUUGGUCUAGCAGUUGGUCGUCACCUUGGGGCUGGAACUGGGGCUGGUCCUCCGGCUGGGCUCAGGAUGGCUGGCGCGGCCGGCAGGAGCCUACUUGGUCGACCUGGGGCUGGACUUCGGAGGAGCCCAGGUGGUCGAACUGGGACUGGCAGGCCUCCCAGGAGUCCAGCUGGUCAACUCGGGACUGGCAACGCCCUGAGGAGGCGAGCUGGUCGACUUGGGACUGGAAAGCGAGCCCGGCCGAGGAGCCCAAGUCAAACUGGGACUGGAAUGCGGAGACUGAGGAUCCCGUCCGGGCCAACAGAAGGGAGCAGGCAGAGGAGCCAGUGCCUGAACCGCUGCCUGCACCCUUGCCUGCACCCUCGCCGGCAACUGCAUACAGGGAGGAGCCAGAGGUUUAUGAUAUGCGCGGUUCGGCGUCAAGAGAGCUUGAGAAGCAGCCGGACGUUCAGGGAGGGGAAGUGGGAGAGGCCGUCCAGGACCCGUGGCUGCACUACAAGGAGGAGAAGGACACGCCCAGAGCCAGACCUCCAGAGGUGAGGCAAGCUCCAGUCCCAGCGCCCGUUCGGCAGAUCCCGCGGCGGCCUCGGGACCUCAGCGCCAAGAUCUUCGUUUCAGGUCUCAGCCUGGAUACAUUGCCGCAGACGUUGGGUGAGUACUGCCAAACGGUGGGAGAGGUACGCUAUGCCACUGUGUAUAUGGACCCCGACAAUGGCAGCUCCAAUGGCACCGGGAAGGUUGACUUCGAUUGUGAGGAAACUGCCCGCCGGGCCAUUCGUGACUUAAAUGGCACAACCUUGGACGGCUGCCAAAUCACUGUGCGGUCGCUGGCAGACGUGCCCAGCCACUUUUGGCAGCGUCGGGACACUGCCGGCUGCGCGGUCUUCGUGGGCAAUUUGGCACCUGAGUUGACCAGGGAAGACCUGCAGGCCUUUGCUUCGCAGGUGGGUGAGGUAGUCUUUGCGCGUGUCUUCAUCGACCGUCAGACAGGUCAAUCCAGAGGCUGUGGCAAGGUGGAGUUUUCCAGCGCAGAGCAAGCACUAGAAGCAGUGCACCAACUGAACGGCAAGACCCUGGGCGGCUGCGCUGUGAGUGUGGAGCCCAUGGCCACGGAUCGGCAGCCUUCCGCUCCAAACGUGCAGCGGACCGUUUUUGUGGGCGGCUUAUCGGCAGAGAUGGACGAAGGCUCUCUCUUGGAACUGGCGGCGCCCAUUGGCGCCGUAGCCUUCGCUCGGGUCUUCAGGGACCAGAGCGGCCGCAGCCGGAACUGUGGGAAGCUGGAGUUUGAGACUGAUGAGCAGGCAGCAGAGGCUCUGAAGCAGCUCGCGGGGAAGGAUUACAAGGGCCGCAAGCUUAGCGUGGAGCCCUUCGGCCAGGAACGGCAGUCGGAGCCCCGCCGCGAGCCACAGGUGGACGGACGCCAAGUCUUCGUGGCCGGACUGACUCCAGAUACCACGUCCGAGAUCUUGCGGGACUUUUGCUCAAUCACUGUGGGUGCCGUGGACAGUGCGCGGGUGUUCACAAAUCGUGAGACAGGCGAGUCCAAAGGCACUGGCAAGGUGGAGUUUGAGACACCGGAGCUGGCGCAAAAAGCUGUGCAGGAGCUGACUGGCCGGUUGCUGGACGGGAGCCGCAUCUCUGCGCGGCUCAUGGAGCCAGAGCGGCCCCGCACCCGCGAUGCGGCAGAGUGCCGGCUUUUCGUAGGUAAUCUGCCAGAUGAGGUCUCGGAGGCGCAGCUGCGGGAUCUUCUGGGACAGGCCGGCGAGGCAACAUCCUCCUCGCUCUUUCGCACUCCUCAGGGAAAUCUCGCGGGGCGUGCCGUGAUGGCGAGUGCAGAAGAGGCGCAGCGCGCAGUGAGCAUCCUGCACGACACCUUCUACGUGUCGAAGCGCAUCAUUGUACGUUUGGAUAGGGCGAGCGCGCCUGCGAAGCAGCCGCAGCUGGACGCCACGCUCUUUGUGGGCGGCCUGAGCUUCAAGACCACCAGAGAAGGCCUGCAGCAGCACUUUCGCCAAGUGGGGGAGGUGGUGCACGCCAGCAUCUUCCUGGACAAAGACACCGGCCAGCCCAAAGGCUCCGGGAAGGUGGAAAUGGCCUCGCCAGAGCUGGCGCGCGCAGCCUUGGCGCUAGACGGCGGCGAGCUGGACGGGCGCCCGGUCCACGUGAAACUGAUGGAGGCCAAGCCGCCUCCGAGAGCUCCUCCUGGCUUGCGGCCAGACAGUAGCUGCCAGCUUUUUGUGUCUGGCCUACUGCCAGAGACACCGGCGGAACUGCUUCGGGACUUCUGCGAGAGCUGCUUGGGGGAGAAGACGGUUGUGUAUUGCAACACCUUCACUCGGGAGUCCAAGGGCAGCGGGAAAUUGGAGCUUGCCUCCGCUGAGCUGGCCGACCGGGCCUUAAAGGAGCUGGAGGGUGCCAACCUGGACGGGGCCACUUUGAGCUUCCGCCGGCCAGGCACCCGGCAAGCCCCUGAGCCAGACGGGCGCACCGUCUUCGUGGGAGGUCUCAGUUGGGACCUGGACUCCGAUGGCCUCCGGGAUUUCGCCGGCCAGGUGGGAGAGGUAAGCUACGCGGCGGUCUUCAUCAAUCGGGAGACGGGCAAAUCCAAAGGCUCAGGCAAGGUGCAGUUCGCCUCGGCCAGCUCGGCCCAGAAGGCCGUGGAGGAGCUCAGCGGCCGGGAGCUGCUGGGCCGCGAGGUCUCCGUGCGAAUGAUGGAAGCACAUCCACGGAAGCCGGGGUGAGCGGAGCAACUAGGCCACUAGGCACCAACGGUGGCCGGAGUGAAAGGACUUGCAAGGGAAGUGGCAGAAUAGCUAUG